AUGGACAAAGAUGAAACAUAUUUAUGUGAUACUGUAUUGUUUAAUCCAACUGGAAUACCAAUCCCUCCUUUACUUAGAGUUGCAUAUUUGCAAACCAGAGUGGAUUCAACAAAUCAUUCAACUAAAGCACCAGAAACAUUUAGAGAUUUUUUGAAAUUGACAUUUGUCAAUAUGAAUCCUGAAACUCUUUGCAGAUCCCUUGGUGUUGGUAGUGAUGGUCGUCUUCUAGAAAGGAACAUUAAAGAACACAUUAAUAGAUUUCAAAAAGGUAGCAAAUAUUAUUCAAUCAUUGAUAUUGCCAAAGAAUAUGUGGUUAUCAAUAUAACCCAGGAUAAACAACAUUCUUCAUCUUUUUCUGGAAAGAACUACAUAUAUAUAGAAUUUAACCAAGACUUUAAUAAGGUGGUUAUGAAUUUUCCAGAUGGGGAGAAAACAGAAAUGUCUUUAGGAGGUAGUGGAAUAUUAAAUGUUGAAAUGCAAAUUUGA